GGCACAGGCUGAACGGUAUUAGAAUAGAACACAGCAGCUCUUAACGACUGCUUAGCUCGCCAAUAUAUUUGAUUACAGACUACUUGUCUGGUAGAGAGAACGACAACCGAUCCAAAACAUUUUGAAUUGUAUCCUACUGUUUUUAUUUAAUUCGUGCUGAUCUGAAAGCACGUAACGGUGGUAUUUUGGGGGGACCGAUAUUAUUGGGAAACCUAGGUUUCUUUCGUGUUUUAUUUCACUACCCUCUAGGAAUGCUUACUCAGAACAGGAUACAAAAGAUAUGGAUUCCUUCAAAGGAUGACAAACCGGCAGUCCCCCGGCGAUUGACGGGGGCCCCACACCUGGCCAACCCCCCAACAGUGAUUGUGAUGGUGGGUCUGCCAGCCAGGGGGAAGACCUACAUGUCCAAGAAACUCACCCGAUACCUCAAUUGGAUCGGCAUGCCCACCAAAGUCUUUAACGUGGGAGAGUAUCGCAGAGAAGCAGUCAAGAACUACAGCUCGUAUGACUUCUUCAAGGCUGACAACGAGAGUGCUGUGAAAAUCAGACAACAAUGUGCCUUAGCAGCUCUGAGAGACGUUGAGUCUUACCUGACAGAGGAGGGAGGCCAGGUUGCAGUCUUCGAUGCCACCAACACUACUCGUGAGAGACGAGACAUGAUCCUGGACUUUGGCAGUGAGAACGGCUUCAAGAUCUUCUUCAUUGAGUCGGUGUGUGAUGAUCCCAGCGUCAUCGCCACAAAUAUCAUGGAAGUGAAGGUGUCCUGCCCAGACUACCAGGACUGCAACAAGACAGACGCCAUGGAGGACUUCCAUAAGAGGAUAGAGUGUUACAGGGUUCACUACGAACCCCUGGACCCAGACCAGUACGACAGGAGCCUGUCCUUCAUCAAGGUGGUAGAUGUAGGCAGACGGUUCCUGGUGAACCGGAUCCAGGACCACGUCCAGAGUAAGAUCGUCUACUACCUGAUGAACAUCCACGUCCAGCCCAGAGCCAUCUACCUGUGUCGCCAUGGAGAGAGCACGCACAACCUACAGGGACGCCUGGGGGGAGACUCAGGGCUGUCGCCAAGGGGGAGAAAGUUUUCUGGGGCGUUGUCAACGUUCGUUAAAGAGCAGAACUUGACGGAUCUGAAGGUGUGGACCAAUCAGAUGUGUUGCAGCAUCCAGACUGCUGAGAGCCUGGGAGUGCCCUACGAACAGUGGAAGGCCCUCAACGAGAUAGACGCUGGGGUGUGUGAGGAGAUGACGUACGAUGAGGUGAAGGAGAAGUACCCUGAGGAGUUUGCUCUGAGAGACCAGGACAAAUAUUACUACCGCUACCCCACAGGAGAGUCCUAUCAGGACCUGGUCCAGCGGGUGGAGCCAGUGAUCAUGGAGCUGGAGAGACAGGAGAACGUUCUGGUUAUCUGUCACCAGGCUGUGAUGCGCUGUCUGCUGGCUUACUUCCUGGAUAAGAGUGCAGAAGAGAUGCCCUACCUGAAGUGUCCCCUCCACACGGUGCUGAAGCUCACCCCCAUUGCCUACGGCUGCAAGGUAGAGUCCAUCUCGCUCAACGUGGAAGCGGUGAACACCCACAGAGAGAGACCAGAGGAGAUGAAGAAGUAUCCUGGGACUCUGAUCAGGAGGAACAGUGUGACCCCCCUGACCAGCCCCGAGCCCAACAUCAAGAAACCCCGCAUCGACGGCCUGGACGAACCCCUCCAGGAGCUGCCCAUGUCCCUCUGCACUCCUUCCCACCUCACCUUGGCCGAACAGAACAUGAAGAGAAUGUCCAACGAUCGCCAUGAGAUCCUGCAGCUCUGCCAAUGAGAUCGCGCUGCCUCGUCACCUGAUCCAAGACCCCAGGAAGUGAAAGCCGGCAAAGAAAAUUCAACAAUGUCACCAAAAUGGACAUUGUUGUGUCCCCCCCCCCCCCCAUCUUCCUCUUUCUGGAGAUCCCAGGGCACUUCUUUUCUCACACAGACAUAUUAGUGAGUGUCUGGUCUGUGUUAUCUGCCAGUGCUUGUAGUACAAACACUUUGCCUCUGGGAAAGAGAGAGAUUACACUGUACAUUAGAGGUCUUCACAGGUCCACCCGAAAUACCCGAGCGGGCCCGGGUCCAAAAUUCUAAGUUUUCCAUCCGGUCUGAACCGGGUCUUGGGUCUAUGUAACUACAGCCGACAGACCCGACUGGACCCGGCCAUGGCUCUGCAUAGCCUAUAGCAUAUUUAUUUACCAGUAAAACAUAAUGUAUGCUACUGUACAAUACUGUACAACAUGUCUCAACCACUCUGCUUUCUCUGGUUCCUCCAAAGUGAAUCUGUAGUGACCGCUCACCCUGGAAUUAUGGUUUAAUUAGUGUAAUAGCUCUGUGAUUCUAAGGAACUAUUAUAUCUGGUUUGAGUGACUUCUUGGCACUCGGCAACGCAUCCUUCAGAGAGCUGGAACCAGGCCAAAAAUUUGAAAUCUCCCUUUCUUGACACCCUCCUGAGAUCUGAGUGAUGAGUCAUGUAUCCAUGGUUAUAUCACUCUUUUUAAAAACAGAUGGAAUCAUUUAGUUUACGAUGUAAACAUGUUCCUAUAGGAAUGCCUCUGAAAUAAUGACUACCCAAAUUGUGUUUGUCACUUUGGUUGAUGUUAUUCACUUUUUUUGUUCUGAUUUCAUUUCUAAAGAUUUGAGUAUCAGACUGUUACUGAACAACCGGUGUACUCAUGCUAUGAAAUGAAUGAUUAUUUUGCACAGCAAAGUUGAUAUUCCUAUUGAGUGGUGUGUAUGACUGUGUCCAUAGACACAAUUGUCUCUUUCUGUCUUUCUCUCCGAAAGGAGAUUUGGACCUAGAGUGCCUAGUGCUUGUCUCGCAAGCCCAAUGCUGCUUCUGUACCCAUAUAGCUGGCCAUAGAAAUUCAGACAUAUGCUACCUUCAGAGAACAUGCAGUAUAACGUGAUUCACUUUUCUUUGUAAGCCAGCUGCUAACAUGUGUGAGCACUUAUAUCUUUAUGAAAAUACGUUCUGUAAAUAGACAUGUAAAUAUAUAAGACUUGAAGGAAUGCUCAGCGUUUGGAAUGUUCAAGUCUAGAACUGAGUGGAAAGGUAUUUUGUAGAGGCUCUUUUGUACUGCUCUGAUUGGCUGAUUCAUACUUAAUUGUAAGUUUAAUUGUAAGUCGUGUACUACUCUGCCCUACAAAGGUAAAACGCAGUAACUACGCCAACAGUGAAACUGAGAAAAAUGGCUUUGAAGUUGUUUUGUUAGCCGGCCAAAUAUGUUCUGCAUAUCAUAUUGGCAGUACUACUUUUGUUCAUUUGUUUGCUUCUGAUACUUGAAUUUUGUUUUUUUGUAAGACAUUUUUUCUCAAACUAUUUAUUCCUAUGUAGAUUUAGAUGAUCGUUUGGAGCGGAUGGCACCUGGUCUUGCCUGAGUACUGUGUAUAACUUGUGUAUGACAAGCAAAGCGUCUGAGAGAUCAACAUGUGUACAUUCUGCAUUUGCUGGGCCAAUAAAUCUCCAGGAAAAUAA